GGCUCCUCACAGUCACUGUAUAAACUCAACAGGGAAACCAGAUUGCGCCUCCUCUUCCACGAAGAUAACUGGAUUUUCGCCGUGCGCUUCCCGCUAACUCCAUCCGACAGUCUCGUUUCCUCCGCAUUUAUGUUUGUUUUCAGAUACAUUUGGACGAGCAACAUAUUUCAGGUAAUUUUUUUCUUUCUGCCACCGAGCCUGUGAGGUUUUUUCUUUUUUUUUUAAGUGGAGUAAGAGUGAAAGUGGACCUUUUUCUCUGCGCAUUUGUCUCGGCUGAUACUGUGAUUCACUUGAAAGCAUACCUUGAUGUGUGGGAUUCGCAAGAAGAUCGGAAGCACAAGCAGCAGACCGAACAUAUGGAAUGUGUUGAUUAGAAGGAGCUUAGAUCGAGGCUUGUAGUAUAAAAUUGCAUUUUUCUUUCUUUCUUUUUUUUUGUCUCUGGUUUGCAACUAUCUGGGGUCCCGUGGAAGUGGGUGCAUCCGCAAAGAAAGCAUUGACACAGAGGAUUGCCUUGAAACCCUUUCUUUCGCUUAUCAGCAAGCAUGGCAUUUUACCCUUUUGCAACUGAGGAAGCAAAGUGAAAAGCCCAAGCCCAAAGCGAGGCUCCGAGUGACCUGGCACGGACACCAAGAUUAAAACUGCCAUUUCAACUACAGUGAAACGGUCUACAAACUAACCAGCAUCAGAAAGAACUCUCCCAUAAUUGCAUUCAUUAUAACAAGUGUGCCCAGUGGAUAUCCGGAUCUGUGCAUUUUUUCUAACUCAGCCAUGGCAGAGAAGACCUCUGAACAGUUCAAAUUGCUUUGGCGGGAAAAGUGAGAGAUUUUUAAAGUGGGCUGGAGAGCAUGAAGUAAUGGUGUCAGUUCCAAAACAUAAAUGUUGGCUAAGACCACUAAUGUGCAGAUCUGUGAUGAUAUUUAAUCUCUUAUCAUGUGCCUGUUCAAACCUGUUUCUCCACAUAGGCAGUCAGUCAACCCAACAUUGCUUUUAGUCAGUCAAAGGUCUUAAGAAAAUCCAGACUCUGUAACUUCCACAGUUUUUCGAGAUUGUAUCUGUACAGGAUGGUUGUUAAAAAAGCUUAUAGCGCUCAGAUCAUGUUGGCUGUGGUGCUUCUUUGCUGUUUGGCAGAAAUAGGCACUUGUUUGGAGUUUACAGGUGCUGAGGGACAGUGGGCGAGGUUUCCAGUGUGGAAUGCAUGUUGUGAAAGUGAAAUGAGCUUCAACAUGAAGACAAAAAGCUCCCACGGGCUGCUAGUUUAUUUCGACGAUGAAGGAUUUUGUGACUUUUUAGAACUUCUCAUUCGAAACGGCAAACUCAGUCUCCGUUUCUCUAUUUUUUGUGCUGAGCCUGCAACCGUCAUAUCUGACACGGCGGUCAACGAUAGCCGAUGGCACACUGUGACAAUAAGGAGAAACUUUAAGAACACCACCCUGAUGGUGGACAAUGAGAUAAAGUGGGUGGAGGUCAUGUCAAAAAGGCGUGACAUGACUGUUUUUAGCCAUUUGUUCGUGGGUGGAAUACCUCCGGAGCUACGCUCUGUGGCGCUGCGUCUGACAUCGGCCGCCGUCAAAGAUGAACCCCCCUUCGCUGGAUGGAUAACGGAUGUGACGGUCAACAACACGGAGUGUGCAAUCAUCAACAGUGAGGGUGUCUUAAUGGACAUCUGUGGUACAGCCAACAUGUGCCAAAAUGGAGGAAUCUGCAGUUUGAUUGACAACGAACCAACGUGCGACUGCUCCCACACGGGCUUCCAAGGAAAGGACUGCAGUGAAGAAGACAACUAUACUGAAGGUCUGGCACACCUGAUGAUGGGCGACCAAGAUAGAAUUAAAGGACAAAGAGGGGAAGCUUGGCUUCUAAGGUCCCUACUGAGCACACCAGGAAAAGAAGAAUACGUUGCAACCUUCAAAGGAUCGGAGUUCUUCUGCUACGAUCUGUCCUUGAACCCGAUUCAAAGCAGCAGUGAUGAAAUCACAUUGUCAUUCAAAACCCUUCAGAGGAAUGGACUGAUGCUGCACACGGGCAAAUCUGCUGAUUACGUCAACCUGGCACUGAAAAAUGGGGCAGUCUCACUCGUCAUUAAUUUGGGGUCUGGAGCCUUUGAAGCUCUUGUGGAGCCAGUCAAUGGGAAAUUUAAUGACAAUGAUUGGCAUGAUGUCAAAGUAACACGGAAUCUACGUCAGCACUCAGGCAUUGGACACGCUAUGGUAACAAUAUCCGUAGAUGGGAUUCUGACCACCACAGGGUAUACACAAGAAGACUACACCAUGUUAGGCUCUGAUGACUUUUUCUAUGUUGGUGGGAGCCCUAGUACAGCUGACCUGCCUGGAUCUCCAGUUAGCAACAACUUCAUGGGCUGCCUGAAGGAGGUUGUCUACAAAAACAACGAUGUGAGACUCGAGUUGUCCAGGCUGGCAAAGCAGGGCGAUCCCAAGAUGAAGAUCCACGGGACUGUGGCCUUCAAAUGUGAAAACGUGGCCACUCUGGACCCCAUCACAUUUGAGACGCCCGAAUCUUUCAUCGUUCUGAACAAGUGGAAUGCUAAAAAGACAGGCUCCAUCUCCUUUGACUUCCGCACCACAGAGCCCAACGGCCUUCUCCUUUUCAGCCACGGCAAGCCCAAACAGCAACCCAAGGAUUCCAAGAGUCCCCAAACCUUUAAGGUGGACUUCUUUGCCAUUGAGAUGUUGGAGGGCCACCUGUACUUGUUGCUUGACAUGGGCUCAGGAACUACAAAAACCAAGGCGGUCAAUAAGAAAGUCAACGAUGGCGAGUGGUACCAUGUGGACUUUCAGCGUGACGGACGAUCAGGUACCAUCUCUAUCAAUACCCUACGUACUGCUUACACAGCCCCGGGAGAAAGUGAGAUCUUGGACUUGGAUGACAAUCUCUACCUUGGUGGACUGCCAGAAAACAAAAUGGGACUGGUGUUCCCCACAGAAGUAUGGACUGCCCUACUUAACUAUGGCUACGUGGGCUGCAUCCGCGAUUUAUUUAUUGAUGGACAAAGUAAGGAUGUCCGACGGCUAGCAGAGAUCCAGAAGGCUACAGGGGUCAAACCAUCUUGUUCCAAAGAGCCUUCUAAACAGUGCUUGAGCAACCCCUGCCAAAACAAUGGAAUCUGCAGAGAGGGUUGGAACCGCUACGUAUGUGACUGUUCUGGAACUGGAUACCUGGGUCGCUCUUGUGAAAGAGAAGCAACAAUACUCAGCUAUGAUGGAAGUAAGUUCAUGAAGGUCCAGCUUCCUGUGGUGAUGCAUACCGAAGCUGAGGAUGUGUCUCUGCGAUUCCGCUCCCAGAGAGCGUAUGGUAUCCUGAUAGCCACCACAUCUCGAGACUCUGCAGACACCCUGCGCCUGGAGUUGGAUAGCGGUCGUGUACGACUAACUGUCAAUUUAGAUUGUAUCAGGAUUAACUGUACCUCCAGCAAAGGUCCAGAGACCAUUUUUGCGGGUCAGAAUCUCAAUGAUAAUGAAUGGCACACAGUACGUGUGUUCAGAAGAGGCAAGAGUUUGAAACUGACGGUAGACGAUCUUUCACCAAUUGAAGGUCAAAUGGCAGGUGACCACACCCAGCUGGAGUUCCAUAACAUUGAGACGGGCAUUGUGACAGAGAAGCGGUUCAUGUCCACAGUACCCUCCAACUUCAUUGGCCACCUCCAGAGCCUCUCCUUCAAUGGCAUGUCCUACAUAGACCUUUGUAAAAACGGUGACAUUGAUUACUGUGAGCUCAAUGCCAUGAUUGGCUUCAAGAACAUCAUUGCUGACCCCGUCACCUUCAAGUCGCGCUCCAGCUAUGUGACGCUUACUACUCUGCAGGCCUACUAUUCCAUGCACUUAUUCUUUCAGUUUAAAACCACCUCCCCAGACGGCCUCAUCCUUUAUAACAGCGGUGAUGGAAAUGACUUCAUUGUUGUGGAGCUGGUCAAAGGCUACCUUCACUAUGUGUCAGACCUGGGGAACGGAGCGCACCUGAUCAAAGGCAACUCAAACAAACCCCUGAGUGACAACCAAUGGCACAAUGUCAUCAUCUCCAGGGACACAAAUAAUCUUCACACCGUCAAGAUUGAUACCAAGAUUACCACGCAGACCACUACAGGAGCCAAGAAUCUGGACCUGAAGGGUAAUCUGUACAUUGGUGGAGUGGCUAAGGACAUGUACAUGUACCUGCCCAAACUGGUGCAUGCCAAGGAGGGAUUUCAAGGCUGUUUGGCAUCAGUGGAUCUGAAUGGCCGCCUCCCAGAUCUGAUGUCAGACGCUCUGGACUGUGUGGGACAGAUAGAGAGAGGAUGUGAAGUUGCAUUGAUGAAAGCUGACUUGCAAGGGCCCAGUACUACAUGCCAAGAAGACUCAUGUGCCAACCAGGGUGUGUGUCUUCAGCAGUGGGAGGGGUUCAGCUGUGACUGCAGUAUGACCACGUUUGGAGGACCAUUGUGUAAUGACGCGGGAACUACAUACAUUUUCGGGCGAGACGGUGGACUGAUCACCUACACCUGGCCCCCAAAUGACCGACCAAGCACAAGAGCAGAUCGGCUCGCCAUUGGUUUCAGCACACACUUGAAGGAUGCUGUCCUGGUGAGGGUGGACAGCUCCUCGGGACUUGGAGACUUCUUAAAGCUCCACAUUGACAAAGGAAAAGUUGCUGUUGUUUUUAAUGUCGGAACAGAUGACAUUAACAUUGAGGAGAAGGCAAAGUUUGUAAAUGAUGGAAAGUACCAUAUAGUCAAGUUUACGAGGAGUGGGGGUAAUGCCACUCUGCAGGUGGAUGACCUGCCUGUCAAUGAACGCUACCCAACAGGCAACAAUGAUAACGAACGCCUGGCGAUUGCUAGACAGCGAAUCCCAUACCGACUUGGUCGAGUAGUUGACGAAUGGCUACUCGACAAAGGGCGACAGCUUACAAUCUUCAACAGCCAAACCACUAUACAAAUUGGGGGCUGGGAGCGAGAUCGGAGUCAGUCUUUUCAGGGCCAGCUCUCGGGCCUCUACUAUAAUGGCUUGAAGGUGUUCAACAUGGCCGCUGAGGGGGAUUCCAACGUAAAGAUCCAGGGAAGUGUGCGGCUUGUGGGGGAUUCGCCUUCCUCUAUCACACCACAGUCGAGCACCACUGCGAACCGAUCAGAGACGUCCACAUCCAUCAUGGAGAUCACCACCACCACCGCGUCCAGCAGGAGAGUCAAGCAGACAACACCGCGAGAGCCUCAGCAGACAACUGACGACUUUCUGGUGGCUUCAGCUGAGUGCCCAAGUGAUGAUGAGGACAUUGAUCCCUGUGAGCCGAGCUCAGGUGGGUUAGCCAAUCCCACAUUUGCUGGACCGAACCCCCCAGAGAUCAUCCGGGAGGCCAGCAGCACCACGGGGAUGGUUGUCGGCAUUGUUGCAGCAGCUGCACUGUGUAUUCUCAUCCUCCUUUAUGCUAUGUACAAAUAUCGGAACAGAGACGAAGGUUCUUACCACGUGGACGAAAGUCGCAACUACAUCAGCAACUCAGCACAAUCUAACGGCACAGUUGUCAAAGAAAAACCAGUCAACACAGCAAAGACCUCAAGCAAGAACAAGAAGAACAAGGACAAGGAGUACUACGUGUGAUUGUUUGGAGCUUUGGUCUUUGCCAGAUCAAACAAAACAUCAGACGAAAAGACAAAUUGCAAAAUUGUCAUCUGUACAGUAUAAAAACAAAGAUGAACAUUAUUUAGUCAUUUUUCCUACAAGACAGUGCUCUACUAAGUAAAGUAAGAAUGAAAAACAAGCGUUUCCUUAAACUGAAUGAUUCAGUAUGUACUGUCCAGAAAGACACAAAUGGAAAAUGGCUCUGGAAAACAAUUAAAAUGGACCAAACACAUAUCUAACAUGUCAGACAACCACUAUUAACCCAUCUGUGACUUGUUCCAUGGCAAGGAUAAUGUGUUCUAACUCCUCAACAUCUCCAGUAAACAGAGGAGCACAGAUGCACUUCGCAAAUGGAGAUGCAGCAUUACAAAGUUACAUUUACAUUGCCUGUGUUUGUGCUGUUGAUUAUGGAGAAAAUGCCACAAUGAGUAAGUAAAUACAUGAAUAUCCCGAGCAUCUGCUGUCAGUUAGGAGGAAGAACACAAACAUCAGGUAAGGGUUAAACCAGGGAGGGGAAAAAAUAAAAACAAAAGAUCUCCACUGGAUGCAGCCAAAGUUCUCCCUGAAGAAGCAGUACAGGGAUCAAAGACUAAUAUCCCUGGUUGGUCGAGCCGCUGCAAUGCAGUGAAGACAAUGGGAUGGCUGUUCUCAUGAAAGAGUGCGGUUAAGGCACGUCAGUCGUGCCGGUAAAAAGCGUGGGCGCUUUUUAUUUUCAUGUUUGUUUGACAUCAAAAGGACAAGGGUUCCUCAGAAUCCCUCAACAUGUCAGAAAAGGGGAGCCAUGCACGUAAAAUUAUCUUAUUAACGGUACAAAUGUUUAUAAACGGUACAACCACAUCUAUAUGUGCUUUCUGGACUGUGAAAAAGUGGUGUUUUAUAGCCUGUUGUAUAGACAAUGCAAACUAUAACUGCUCCUCUACCAUUUUUGAAUAAAAUUUAAAAAAGACUAAAAGACAGUAUAAGUGUUAAUAAGUGUUGCUAGACAUAGAAGAUUUUAUGAAAACAUCCUUUUUUUUUGAGUUGGAUACUAAUUUGAAAUGCCCGUUUUUACAUGUGUUCCUAUAGUUUUUAUACAAAUCCCGAACUAAGGUAGACGCUGGACCAGAAAGCAUAUCCAUUCACGGAAAAACUGCAAGAGAAGAGGCGUGCCGUGACUACUUCUCCCUCAAGGAAUCACUGCCUUCCUCCUCAGUCCUGACUUCCACGAGUGAGAAUGAAGAUGAAGAACGCGAGUGAUGUUGGGCGAGGACACUAAUAAGGAUUACCCAACGGUUUGCUGAAUGGUGUUCAGAAACUGACCGGCAUAUGCUUGGGCUGAUGCAAAGACUGGAGAGGAGCCCAAAUAAGUCUCCAUUUCAACUGUUGUGUGUUUGUUCCGUCAUUCUGUCUGUCAGUUCUGCUUUCCAGAGACCUGUAUUGGAGUGACUGUAAGGGAAAAUGACCAUAAAUGAUGAUCAUAAAUUCUCUCUUUUGUUUUGUUUUAUGUUCUGUUUCUUGUACUCCUCAUAGAAAAAAUAAGUUCUUUUUAAAGACUAGUUUUGAAAAAUCAAAUGAAUAAAAAUACUAAGUGAAUUUUAA